GCUGCCUCUCUAAUCAGUAUAAUCAUAGUCAAUAGUCAAUAGUCAGUAAUCAGUAAUCAGAAAACUUUCGCCGCGCCGCACACUUAAUUUCACUCUUCGAUGAACGGGAUCAAAUCCCUUGCUAUCUUAAAUCAAUCAAAUUGAACUAACACCUGAAUAAAUGGGACGCAAAUACCUGAUUGAAUAGGGAUUUAAAUACGUGAAUGAGUGGGAUUUAACUGCAAAAUUCCAGCACUUGCUUUUCUGUUUUGUGCACAGCAUCUGUAAAUUAGUCAGUGAUUGUGUGUCAGUACAAAUGUAACUGAUUCGAUUGAUGGAGCGUUCAACGACUCUGAUAUAGAGGCGAAUUGUAAAGAGAGUGUUAAUCGGUCGAAAACGAACAGUACAUAUUAUAGACUCGUAUAGGGUAUAUAAAUAUAGGAUCACCUACUAUGUUGAGAAGACACUGGCUGUGAAAUAAACACUAGACUGUUGUCUUAUUCAAUCAACGUAAUACGUACUUUCAGUUUUAAAUGGGUAUUAAAUCGAAACAGAUAAUUAAUUAAUUACGCAAUGAAACUCAUUAAUACUCGAAUUUAGAUUGUUUACGGCAAGUGCGGACCUUAAUUGAGAUGACUGAUUAUAAAUAUAGCGUUCCUCAAUUAUAACACAAAAAAAACAAGAUGCAGAGACGCAAAGUACGUUGGGUUGUUAAAGUUCCAGAAGAUCCAGAGGAGCAGAAACCAGUCGAAUGGCAAAUUUCAGAUACCAAAGAUGAACGGGAAGAUGUUCAAAAGAAAACAUUUGCCAAGUGGAUAAAUUCACAGCUACUCAAGCAUAAUCAUGAACCAAUCUCAGAUUUGUUUGUUGAUUUGAGAGAUGGAAAUCGCCUUUUAUCUCUUUUGGAGGUCCUCACAUCGAAAGCAUAUAAACGAGAGCGUGGUCGUAUGAGAGUUCAUCACCUAAACAAUGUUAAUAAAGCCUUGCAAAUUCUAGAGCAAAAUAACGUGAAACUUGUUAAUAUAAGUAGCAAUGAUAUCGUUGAUGGAAAUCCUAAACUGACUCUCGGCUUAGUAUGGAGUAUUAUAUUACAUUGGCAGGUUCAUUAUCAUCUGAAGGAUCUAAUGACGGAAUUGCAACAAACUAACCUCGAAAAGACCCUUCUUGCGUGGUGUCGUCAACAUUCGCAGAAUUACCCGGGCGUGGACAUCAAGAAUUUCUCAACUUCUUGGUCAGACGGAUUGGCGUUCAAUGCACUUCUGCACAGAUGGAAACCCCAGUCAUUCGAUUUCAACAGUAUCGCACGAAAGCAUCCAAAUGCAAGACUAGAACAUGCUUUUCGUUUUGCUCAAGAGCACCUUGCAAUCGAACGCCUUUUAGAUCCUGAGGAUGUCAAUACAGCCGUACCUGAUAAAAAGUCAAUAAUGAUGUACGUCAUGUGCCUUUUCCAAUCUUUACCUCACUCUGGCGAUGAUGUUUCCGGAAUUGAUAUUUCUGCUGCGAGUAACACUACGAGUCCUGCAACAACUCCAAGUGCAGAGAGCUCUUUAUCGUUUGUCAACUUUGAAACCCCAACUUCUCGACCAAUGAGUCUUGCCACCAAUGUCUCUGUUGAAUUGGGUGGUUACCAAGUGGCACUCGAAGAAGUUUUAACUUGGCUUCUGGAGGCUGAAGAUAAACUGAACCACGCUCCUGAUCCUGGUGAAACCUUGGAUAUUUUGAAAGAACAGUUUCACGAACAUGAGACGUUUUUAAUGGAAUUGUCUGGCCAUCGAGAUGGAGUUGGUGCAGUUUUGGAAGAGGGGGCGAGACUCCUAGCAGAUGGAGGCUUGCAGAAGGACGAGGAACAUGAAGUCAGAGUUCAAAUGUCUUUAUUGAAUUCUCGCUGGGAAGGACUUCGAAUGCGUGCGAUGGAAAGGCAAGCGAAAAUUCACGAAGUCCUGAUGGGAAUGCAACAAAACCAACUAGAUUCGUUGAGGCAGUGGUUAACCAAAACAGAAGAUAAAAUUUCCCACAUGGCUGGUGCAGAAUUAAAGCAAUCAGCUUUGGAUGAACAGAUCAAACUAUUAGAUCAGCUGGAAAAGGAUAUCCAGGGUCAACAAAACGUUGUUGAUGGACUAAAGAACAUGAUUGUCGUUGUAGACGAGGACAAUUCGGAAACGGUUUAUGCUGAGAUGGAAGAUCAGCUUUCUGCCCUUGGAGAACGCUGGACUCAUAUUUGUCAGUGGAAGCAGAAACGGAGGCACGAUCUUGAAAUUCUCUCUUUAUUGUGGAAGGAUGCCAUGGAGGAGUAUAAAAAACUAGUGUCUCGACUCAAUCAGACUGAAAUCACUUUGAAACAAAUGGAGGCGAGUCCCGCUUCUGAGCUGGGCGAAGUUCUAGAGAGAAUGAAGAAGAUGCACUUUCUUAAAAUUGAAAUGGAUAUCAAUCUAAAGAAGAUAGCUGCUCUGCAAAAGUCGAUUCAGGAUUUUGAUGGACAUGGAACUUAUAAGGAAUGCACAAAUAUGUUGGAAAAGAUUGAAAAUCUGCAGGAUCGGUGGGAGGCUGUAGGGCAGAUUAUGGAUGUGCAAAGUCAAAGAAUCUCGAAUUCCGGGUUUGAGUUCGAUUUGACGGCAAACACUCAAGCAAAUGUGACAAGUGGAAACGAUUGGAUGUCAGAAACAGUGACAAGCAUCGCCUAUAAGGAAGAACUUGCUGAAGGGAUGCACAGCGAUUCGAAAAAGCGACGAAUAGACAGCGCAAUCAGACAAGAGUUUGAGUCAGUGUUGCAAAAUUUGUACAAAUGGCUGGAUUACGUGGAUUUGGAAGUCGGUCGCUCCGAAGGAGUAUUCGAUGAAUUGAGCGUCGAAGAAAAGAAGGCCAUUUACGAAGAAAAAUUUUCAGACCUUCAGUCUCAUCAAAGCGAGUACGACAAAGCGCUUGAAAUCGGAAAAAAACUCCUCGAAGAAAUGAAUCUUGCGAAUGAUCCGAUUGAAGACGAAGAUCUUAAACUUAGGGAUCUACAAAAUCGUUGGAAUGCAGUCAACGCUCGUCUUCAAACUAUUAAGGUCAAAGUAGAUUUGCUUUUGGGGUUGAAGCAAUUUCAAACCGAUUUGGCAAGUGUUCAGUUAUUGUUGGACGGAUAUCUUAAGUGGUUUGAGGCUAAUCUGCAGAGUAAUCAAAUCGAAUUAUUUAGGGUAAAAGUUAAAUCUAUGAAAUCAUAUGAAGAUCGUAUUCAGAAAUUGACUGCAAAAGCUAAGGAGUUACAAGCUAAGCAAAUCUCGGCUGAAGAAAUCCAUAAUCUGCAUACUGAAAAAUUCGUCAGUGACUGGGACGAGCUAUUGAAAAAGCUCUCUAAUCGCUUGAGUGAAUUAAAUGAUGUCGCUGAUAAAACACCGCCCAAGAAAUAUAAUGAAACAAUCGCGAGUUUGCUCUCGUUUAUAAAUAAUGUGGAAGGAGUAUUACUAUCCGAGCAUGCGGUCAUGUCAGAUGACCGGACGAUGCAAGAGCAAAUGAAGAAGUUAGAAGAGCUGCAAGGCUUGCUGAAGUCACACCAGAGUGGUUUUGAUUACGUCAAUAGUUUCGGUCAGGAGUUGAUUUUAAAACAGGAUUCUCAGUGCCAAAAAGUAAAAGAAGAGUUACAAGAUCUGAACACUAAAUGGAGCGAUAUACCAAUAAUCUUGGAAGAAAGACAGCAAAAACUUGCAAAAGAUAUUGAAUCUUUAAAAUUAUUCAACCAAGAAUUGAAGAGUCUAGAAAACUGGUUGGAUGAUAAGUCAAAGCGUUUGAAGGAAAUAUGCGAGGAUGCAUUUGUCAAUGAUGUUGCGACGACAGAAUUGAAGCUGAAUGAAGGUAGAACCUUCUCCGAAGAAGUUAAUCAAACCAAACCAAGAAUAGAGAAUAUCCAAACAACAGCCAAUAGGUUACUGGAGAAUUCCGAGCCUAAUUUUGCAAACAUUUUGAACAAUCAGCUGCAAAAUAUCUCACAUAAUUGGAACCAUAUUGUGGAUGGAGCGAAGAAUCAAAUAGACAAGUACGAAAAUGCACUAAAAAAGAACGACGAGAUUAUAAAUGGAAUUGAAGAUUUUACGAAGUGGUUGUCGACUUUGGAAAAGGAUAUACCGGACGAAAGCAAAAUAACAUCUUCCAUUGAGCUUUUCCAAGCUCGUGGUCGCUAUCAAUUGUUGAAAGACAAAAUCGACAAGCGAGUAGAAGAGUUUCGAAAUCUCAAUGAGUUGGGCAACGAUAAACUCCUGAGUUCCGAGGGUUCCUCAGUUCACGAAUUGGGAAGGCGAUUCACGUAUUUGAACGCGCGAUGGACAGACGUUACAGAUCGUAUUUACGAACGUUAUAGACAGUUACAGAAUGCUAGUCAUGAGUACGGAGAGUUCCGGGCAUUAGUUGCACAGGAAAGCGACUGGCUGGAUAAACUGGAGAAGAGGUUGAAAAAAUCUACAAAGAGUGCUGACGCUGAAGAAAUAUCAGAGGAGCUUGAUGAUUUGGAGAACUACGUUCGAAAUCAUCCAGAUUCGCGAUUCGAUAAAUUGCAAGAGAUUGGAAAGCAAUUGAUCGACAGUGACAUUAUGACUCGCACUAUCCAAAAUGAUGUCGAGUCGUUGACGAAUCGAUGGGAAAACUUGAGUAAACAGGCUGGGGAACGCACAAAGCUGUUGGAAGGAUCAGUGAAGCAAGCGCAACAAUCAGAAGGGCGAAUUCUAGCUCUUCAGCACUCCUUAACGCAAGUAGACUCCGUACUAACUGCACGCCUUGACUGUGACCUCACUGCUGAUGACUUGCCCCAUGACUAUCAGAAAUUGAUGGAUGAGAUGGAAAGUCAGGAGUCCACUCUUCAAGAAAUGGCGAAUCAAGUUGAAACUUACAAAGCAGCUGGGAAACAUGAAGCUGCUGCGAGACUUCAGGAGCAAAUGAUUCUGAUUGAACAAAAGUUUACCGAGGUUCAGCGAAAAUUCCAACGUUUUCGAAGCCCGAUUAAUUUAGAUCCUAGACUCUCGAGAGCAUUGAGAGAACUUAGAGGCAUUGAGGAAGCUACUUGCUUAUUAGAAUUGGCAUCUGAAGAUCCAGAAGCUAUCGAAGGCCAAUUAAAACAUUGCUUGCGCUUCUACCAAACUUUGAGCGAAAUCAAGAGCGAAAUUGAAACCAUAAUCAUAUCAGGUCGAAGAUUAGCAGAAGAGAAAAGCGUGCCUGAUCCCGAAGAGUUGUCAAAUCGUAUCGAUACACUCAAGGAAUUGUAUAACAAGUUGGGACUACACAUAACCGAAUCCAAAUCUAUUUUGGAAUCAGCACUCGAUUUAUCUCGAGAAAUGUAUAAACACAUGUCCUACAUUAACAUGUCUAUUGAAAGUAUUAACAAGGAGUUGGAUACUCAGAAAACCAUGCCUGACUUACCUGUCAAUGCAAUUUAUGUUACGGAAACUUUGACGGAAGUUAUUCCGCGACUCCACGUCGUAAGAGACAAACUAUUUAGAACUCAGGAUGAAUUUUCGAAACUUUGCGAUCCUUCCUACUUGGAGCAGCUAAGAGAGCGACUCACAGAUAUUGUCAAACGACUAGCAAGUACUGAAAAGAGAUUACGUUUGUGUAGUGGAUCAGAGGAGCCAAAUGUCGACGAAAUUAAUGCUUGGCUACACCAAAUAGAUGAAAAACUUAAGCGACUUGACGGAACAUCAAUAGAACAGCUAAAUCAGUCUCAUUUUGAGCAGUGCAAGGCUAUACAGAAUGAAAUGAUUGAGACAAAGACCAAAGUAACACAGCUGCAACGUUAUUCCUUUUAUCCUAAAGUCGCUGAAGUUUGUGAGAAAUGGGAGGAAAUCUCGAGAAGAAUUCAGGAAUGGGUCCACAAGAUCACUGAUAAUUUAUUGAUUAAAAGUAACAUGAACGAGUCCAAGGGGAGAGACAAUUGCGGAUUAGGCAAAUCUAGACAAGAAGAAUUAGCGUCUCAAAAUGAAAGUAAACUGAUAGACGAGCACGAUGAGAUGUAUGGUAUAGGAUAUCUCAAUCCUACUUUCGAUUACAAUCAGCAAAAACAAGCUGCGACUCCCAAAAGUUCACCUAUCGAUGUUCCUCAUCGGAGUAGAAAAUCAUCAGCUAAAGCAGACAAAUUGAAGGGUACAGUCAUUGAUGUGAGCAGAACAGUUAGAAGAAGACUAGACAUGAGUUCAAUUCCUGAUGUUGUACAGACUUCCCAGUUACAAGUGAGUGAGUCUGAUGAAUCUUCCUCCGAAUCUUCCGAGUCGGAUGCAAAUGUUAUGGAUGAGGAAUUUUUCCUAACAAAGAACAGCAAACUGUUUUCUCAAGUUUCGACGAAUACGCUCAAAGCCGCAGAAGGGCAAGGUUUACGAGAGCCAAAUUCUUUUCGUGUGGUUGAAAUAAAGGAAAUGGAAAUAGUGAAGUCAGUCGCAUCAGCCAAUGAUCGAGUUGUAUUGCCUCGAGCAAAUGUAAGCGUUGAACAAGUACCGCAAGUUGUUGAGAGAGUUGAAAUUUUAGAAGAUACGGAAACAGAACCUGAAUCAGCUGAUACUGAUGCUGAAGAGAAAGAGAAUCGUAUGAAAAUUCCUGGUUCGCAAUAUUAUCCUGCGGAAGUUCGUGGUAAGAGAGAACUGGUACCGAUAUUAAAGAAAGAAUCUUGGGAUACAAGUGACAAAUUGGUUACGACAAAACCCUCUACUUCCACAACAAGAUUUCGAAUUUCCGAUAGAGUUAAUAAAAAGCAAGAAGCUGAAUGUCUUUUACUGGAUGCAAAAGGUACUGGGACGAAGAAAAAAGCGAGUGGGAGUUCAAAUGGAGUGAAAGAUGUUAAAAUUAAUAGAGACUAUAACGCAGGGAGAACACCUUUAUCGAAGCGAAUAGGAAGUUUACUUUCGGAGGAUGCAAUUGAAGACUGCGAGAGUUUUUAUGGAAGUGAUAAAGAAACGGAUGACGCUCUGAUAUUUUCCGAUGAUACGGAAGUUGAGGUUGGUAGCUCCAGUUCGGAAGGAGAAAGUGCUAAUUUAGACGAAUACGAUGAACACCUUUUGGAUAAGGCUAAGCUUGACCAGUUUCGUGAUCCUUUACUAAGUAAAGGAGACUCGAAGAUGUUUGGUGAAAGAAGACUUCCAAGAUCAUCUGGUGGAUUGUCACGGGCAAAUUUAGAGCGAGAUAUUCUUAAUUUUGAGCAGUUUGCUCAACAAAUGCUGCGAAGGAUGGAUGUCAUGUUAAUGACGAUUGGUGCAGUUAAUAAUGAGAAGGAUCCCUCCAAACGUCUCGAGCUGAUUAAGAGCGAAGUAAGUUGCCUUGCACCGGAUGCAGCAAGUCUAAUUAGCAGAGGCGAUGGAUUAGUUAUGACUGUUCACGUCUCUGAUCCAGCAAGAGCUGAAAAGAUAAAGAAGGAACAUCAAGAUAAGCUGAGAAGUAAAUGGCACCAAGUUAUGACGGAAACCGAAUCGAGGAGAGUGCAAGCACAGAAAGCGGAAGAGUCAUUACGACAGUAUAAUAAAUUAGUUGCAGAACUUGAAGAUUGGUUCAGAGAUGCGCCGUUGAAGUUGGAGCAAGCUAACAACUACGAAGGUCAAUUGGAAUCCUUUACUGAAGAAUUUGAUGCCAGACAGGAACAGAUUCAACGAUUGAACGAUCUGGGCAAUGAUUUGAAACGAUUGAAUAUCUCACAUUCUGAGAACAUGCGCUACAGAAUCAAUAGCAAGUGGCAAGAAAUCAGUACUCAGUUUAAGAGAUUCAGUGGCAGCAAAGACAAGGACAAACUUGUCAACGAUAAGAAAGUUGAAAUGGAUGUGGGAAGAAUUUCUAUUCAAGAAUACCUUACACGAUGCAACAAACUGCGAGAAGCCGUAUCAACAAUAUCGAGAUCUUUAAAUGCGAUGCCUCUGAGCGGGAAAGACUACGAAUUGUUCGCAAAUCAAGAGGAGUGCCUAAAAAAGAUCGCAAAUGCAUUGAAUAUAUUGAAGCCAAGCAUUGAAGAGAUGGUUUUCCUUUACGAGAGUAUCGAGCCACAUGCGAGGAAAGAACAAGAAGAUCAGAUCAAGCGUCUUUCUGAGAAACUAAAAGACGAGUGGCAAGAUGUCAAUCGAAAUUAUCUUGAAAGGAAUAAUCGUUGGUCUCAGUGCAUCGAAAAAUGGAGAGAGUUGCAGAAUAUUUCCUCUAAAUUUGCCGAGUGUCUCGAAAAAACCGAAGAGAUGGUGAAGAAGUUGAAGUCAGAGCCACACUCGCAGGGAAGUAAAGUUGCAGCUUUAGAGUUGGAGAAAGAAGUAAUGAAAAUGCAGAAAACCAUGAACAACAUUUCAAGUUCAACUGCAGAGAUUGUGAACAGAUCCACGAGGGAAGAUGUAAAAGACCUUCAAAAUUUGGUUGAGGAUUUGAAAAAUCGAUGGCAGCGACUUAUUAAUGAAUUAAAGACCUAUAAAGAGAAGGAUAUCGCCAUGGAAGGAGAAGUUAAUAGCAGCAGUGAGAAAGCAUUUGAAGCGGCACGUAAUAUCAUCGAACAAAUAAAUACUUUACUUUUAUCGACAGCAAAUCCGUCAGAUGAUACAUCUUUGUCAAUAAGAUUGUCAAUGAUCAAGGCCAGGGAAGAGGAAAUAAUUAAUCGCAGAAAGGAAUUACAGACAGUCAAAAAUCAGUGGAAUGUUACCAAACAGGAGGGAGAGUGUAACAAAUUGAUUGCCGAAAUGGAAAAGACUCAAUCAGGUCUGUCAGCUCACCGCGAGUACGUUGAAAAUAAACUGACUUCUCUGAAGAAAUAUCUUUUGACUUUGGACACUGUUAUGGCGUGGGUAAUGGAAACACGAACGAGGCUUAACAUAUCCCAUGAAUUGCCUCAACAAGAAAGUAUCAAAGUAAUUGAUAAUAUAAUGGCAAGUGUCGUAGAUCGCGAAAUGGAAGUAAAAGACGUGUUGGAAAAUUACACGAACUUGGAGAAAGAAUGCGAAUCUGCCAAGCAAUCAGUAUCUGUAGAAUUACAAGAGAAGCUGAAGAAAUUGCGAGUCGACUGGCAUUUUGUCAAAAAUCGUGGGGAAGUGGCGGAUGUUGAAGCCGUAUCAGUUGCAGUUGCUCCACCUGUUGAAAUCGGACGACCAAAAGAAGUGGAAAAAAGUGUAGGUGCGGCACCAGAGGCUGGAUCCACAGGGAGACCUCGGGGGUCGGCAGCCUCUCCUGCCCCCUCGACACCGUCGACCCCCGUGAUAAGUAACGCCCCAACUUCCACUACAUCAUCGUCUUCCCCUCUCACACAAACAUCUGCUCUCGUUGCCAGUCACGACAAAUCAGUACUACAGAUACGUGAUUGGCUAACUGUUGAAGAAGAGAUGUUACGUCAACAGAUUGUUGUAGUUGGUGACAUCGACGAUAUCAUGCAGCUGAUAGAUAAGCAAAGGACUGUUCUUCGAGAGCUAGAACAGAAGAAACCACAGUUGGACGAGUUGGUUCACACUGCAGAGAACCUUCGUGCUGAUACAAAUCGCCAGCAGUUACACGGCAAGGUAACCAAGCUGAGAGAGCACUGGGAUGAGACAAAUUCUAAAGUAAUGCAAAGAAAAACACAGCUAGAUGCCAUGUUGAACGACAGUCAGCGGUAUGAAGGCAAGAGGAACGAGGUAGAAGUCUGGUUGGCCCGAAUGGAAACUCGUCUUGAGAGGAUGAGAGCCGUUGGUCAUACAGCUGAUGUUCUUGAAGCACAACUCAGAGAACAGAAGUCCUUCCAUGCGGAGCUCCAUCAAUACAAACAUCAAAUCGAAUUAUUUAAUCAACUCACCCAGAAGUUGAUCGCUAUAUAUCAGCAGGACGAUACUACUCGAGUAAAGAAAAUGACAGAAACAAUCAAUCAAAGAUAUAACAAUCUCAAUACCAGCAUCAUCAACCGAGGAAAAUUGCUUCAUUCAGCAAUGAACUCCCUGCAGAACUUCGAUCGUUCCCUGGACAAGUUUUUGGCUUGGCUGAGUGAAGCUGAAUCCUCUAUGGAAGGCCUGGAGACUGAAGCUGAUCGACUGGGAGGAAGAAGGGACCACGUUGCUCUCAGGCGACCACAACAUCAGCUCAAGGUGCGUAUGGAUCUUCAAUCAGAAAUUGAGACCCAUCGGGAUGUUUACGCUUCGUUGAACGGAACGGGACGAAAGCUCCUGAGCUCUUUGGCUAGUCAAGAUGACGCCGUCAUGCUUCAGCGACGACUCGAUGAAAUGAACCAAAGAUGGCACCAUCUCAAGGCGAAAAGCAUGGCUAUCAGAAAUCGAUUAGAGAGCAACACGGAACACUGGAAUGCGCUUUUACUCUCCCUGCGCGAGCUUAUCGAGUGGGUAAUAAGGAAAGAUACAGAACUCACUGGAUUAGGACCUGUUUGCGGAGACAUAGCUGCGCUGCAAAAACAACAGGACGACCAUCGGGGAUUCAGGCGUCAACUUGAAGACAAAAGACCUGUCGUGGAAAACAAUUUACUUAGUGGUCGCCAAUACAUCGCCAAUGAACCACCCUUAUCCGACACAUCGGAUUCUGAAGCCGGUCGAGAACUGGAUGGCGAUUCAAGAGGUUACAGGAGUGCAGAGGAACAGGCCCGCGAAUUAACGCGCAGUAUUCGUAGAGAAGUGAAUAAAUUGUCGGAACAGUGGAAUACAUUAAUCGAACGCAGCGAUACAUGGAAACGAAAACUCGACGACACCACCAACAAAUUAUGUGUCUUUCAAAAAAGUCUCGAGGACCUCUCAUCUCGGAUGGCCGGAGCAGAGGCGAUACAGAAUGGAUGGCAGAUACCGAGCGAUGCCUCAGAAGCGUCAGAAAUGUUAGAGAAUUUGCAGAAGUUUGGAGACCGAUUAGGACCCAUUCAGAGAAACAUCGAAGAUGCCAACGACCAAGCAAGUCUUUUUGCUUCGAGCAGCGUCAUCGUUUCACACGCCUUGUUAGCAAAACUUGAAGAUCUCAACACUAGAUGGAAAGUUCUGCAAGUUGCAGUCGAUGAACGUUAUAAACUAUUAAGCGGAUUUGGAAAGGAUGGCAGCACUCCGGGUAGUCAGGCUUUCCUCGCAAGUAGCGUGGAACCACCGUGGGAAAGAGCCCUUACGCCCGCCAAAGUGCCUUAUUAUAUCAACCAUCAACUGGAAACGACGCAUUGGGACCAUCCGAAGAUGAUAGAUUUGAUGACUUCACUGUCAGAUCUCAAUGAAGUGCGUUUCUCUGCAUAUAGGACGGCAAUGAAAUUGCGAACGGUGCAAAAGAGAUUAUGCUUGGAUGUGUUAAGUCUUUCUGCGGCUUUAGAGCAAUUUGAUUCUCAUGGACUAAGAGCGCAGAACGACAAACUCAUCGACAUACCAGACAUGGUGACUGUAUUAACUUCCUUGUACGAAAUCAUCGCAGCGGAUAAUGCCACGCAAGUUUCCGUGCCACUCUGUAUAGAUCUAGCCAUAAACUGGCUGCUCAAUGUUUAUGACAGCCAACGAACUGGACAGAUUCGCGUCUUGUCAUUUAAAGUUGGACUUGUCUUGUUGUGUAAAGGGCACUUAGAAGAGAAAUAUAGAUACCUAUUCCGUUUGAUCGCGGAUACAAAUAGACUAGUGGAUCAACGAAAAUUGGGUUUACUCUUGCACGAUUGCAUCCAAGUUCCAAGACAACUCGGAGAAGUUGCAGCAUUUGGGGGUUCAAACAUCGAACCCAGCGUUCGAAGUUGCUUUGAAAAAGCAGGAAAAGACAAAAAUGAAAUCGAGGCUGUGCAUUUUUUGAGUUGGCUGCAGCAGGAACCCCAAAGUAUGGUUUGGCUUCCAGUACUUCAUAGACUUUCCGCAGCAGAAUCUGCGAAACACCAAGCAAAGUGUAACAUCUGUAAAGAAUACCCAAUUGUCGGCUUCAGAUACCGUUGCCUGAAAUGUUUCAACUUUGACAUGUGUCAAACGUGCUUCUUCUCCGGGCGUAAAGCGAAAAACCACAAACUAACGCAUCCCAUGCAGGAAUAUUGUACAGCGACAACUUCUGGAGAGGACGUGAGAGAUUUUACGAGAGCGUUGCGCAACAAGUUCAAGUCGAAACGUUACUUCAAGAAACACCCGAGAGUUGGUUAUUUGCCAGUGCAGACUGUCUUGGAAGGCGAUGCUCUGGAAAGUCCAGCUCCCUCGCCUCAGCACAGUUCCCUGAGUCAAGACAUGCAUUCACGUUUGGAGAUGUAUGCCUCUAGACUCGCCGAAGUGGAAUUAUCUCGCACGAGGAGCAACUCCACUCCUGACAGCGAUGACGAGCAUCAACUGAUUGCGCAUUACUGUCACAGUCUCAACGGAGGCGACAACGUCAACGUCCCCAGAAGUCCCGUACAGGUGAUGGCUGCGAUCGAUGCCGAGCAGAGGGAAGAGCUCGAGGCAAUGAUCCGGGAACUUGAGGAGGAAAACGCAACGCUGCAAGCUGAAUACGAAAGGUUGCGCUCGAAGCAAACACCAGGUUCAACGCCCGAAGACGGACACGGCAGACAACCUGACUGUGAUAUGAUUGCCGAAGCUAAGCUCUUAAGGCAACAUAAAGGUCGCUUGGAAGCUCGAAUGCAAAUUCUUGAGGAUCACAAUCGACAGUUGGAAGCUCAGCUCCAAAGACUUAGACAACUUCUGGAUGAGCCCAAUGGAUCGUCACCAUCUAAGACUGGCACCUUACAAACCCGAAGUGUAACAGCUUCGCAAUUAGCUACCGACUCUCCAGCUAAAAUGAAUGGUCACUACCACGAUUCUCAAGGAGGUGGAGGUACUGGCGAGGGGAGAAUAAGCAGCUUAGAAAGGCCGCCACCGCCACCACAUUCUCACAGUGUUUCCCAUAACGUGGGUAAUCUCAUGCAUAUGGCAGGUGACUUGGGAACAGCAGUUGGCGAACUAGUGACAGUAGUGACUGAGGACUCGAAGCCGAAUGGACAGAGAGCACCUCCUCCAGCUUUCAAAUAAACUAAUUUCUUUCGAGCGAGAUCGACAUCUUUGCUUGGAGAAAAAAUUCUCUUAUACUCGUUAACAGUAAUUACACUUGUAAUCGUUUUCGAAGACCAAGAAAAAGUCUGGCUCUAACGCAUAUCAAAGAAAAUUUCAUGGCUGUAACAAAAAUAGUUGCGCCAGGUUCAAGCGCAGAUGUUCAGGGGACUUUCCAUCGUGGUUUUGGGUAUUUUAUAAGUUUUGAUAUACGCCACUGUAUAGCUGAAUUAUAUAAAUAGUGACAGUUGCGUUUUGGCUUUGGCAGUCUCCUGAAAAAAA